AGGGAGGGAGGAGGAGGAGAGGCAUGCUCCUCGGCGGCAACUCCGUCCCCGGCUCCCCUCGGCCUCCUUCUCCCCGCUUCCAGUCCUCCUCCUCCUCCUCCUCUGUCGCAGCCUUCCUGCCUUCCUUGCAGCCUGCCUUGUCCGGGGCUGGCGUUGCCGUGCUGCUCGUCGUGGUGGUGCUGUGUGUGUGCGCCCUGACUGAGAGUGACGCGGCGGAGGUGUAGUUUGACGCGGUGUGUUACGUGGGGGAGAGAAUAAAAACUGCGGCGGGAGCCUCGGCGCGGACGAAAGCAGUGACGGAGGCAGCCUCCAGCCGGUAACUAAAUGACCAUGGAAUCUGGCGCAGACAACCAGCAGAGUGGUGAUGCAGCUGUUACAGAUGCAGAAAAUCAACAAAUGACGGUACAGGCACAGCCACAAAUUGCAACAUUAGCCCAGGUAUCUAUGGCAGCAGCUCAUGCAACAUCUUCUGCUCCCACUGUAACCUUAGUACAGCUCCCCAACGGACAGACUGUUCAAGUCCAUGGUGUAAUUCAGGCUGCUCAGCCAUCGGUGAUUCAGUCUCCACAAGUCCAGACAGUUCAGAUCUCCACCAUUGCGGAAAGUGAAGAUUCACAGGAAUCUGUAGACAGUGUCACAGACUCCCAGAAACGCAGAGAAAUUCUCUCCAGGCGACCUUCUUACAGAAAAAUCUUGAAUGACUUGUCCUCAGAUGCCCCGGGUGUGCCAAGGAUUGAAGAAGAAAAGUCUGAAGAAGAGGCAACAGCACCUGCCAUCACUACUGUCACUGUGCCAACUCCGAUUUACCAGACAAGCAGUGGGCAAUAUAUUGCUAUCACCCAGGGUGGUGCAAUCCAGUUAGCUAACAAUGGCACAGAUGGAGUACAGGGUCUGCAGACACUGACCAUGACCAAUGCAGCUGCAACCCAGCCUGGUACCACCAUUUUACAGUAUGCCCAGACUACCGACGGACAGCAGAUUCUCGUACCCAGCAACCAGGUUGUUGUACAAGCUGCCUCGGGAGAUGUCCAGACCUACCAAAUUCGCACAGCCCCCACAAGCACCAUUGCACCUGGUGUUGUCAUGGCAUCCUCUCCAGCACUUCCUACCCAGCCAGCAGAGGAAGCAGCACGGAAGAGAGAAGUCCGUCUAAUGAAGAACAGGGAGGCAGCACGUGAAUGUCGCAGGAAGAAAAAGGAAUAUGUCAAAUGUCUAGAAAACAGGGUGGCUGUGCUUGAAAACCAAAACAAGACAUUGAUUGAAGAGCUGAAAGCACUUAAGGACCUUUAUUGCCACAAAUCGGAUUAAUUUUAGACCCCCAUUUUUUUGUUCAUUAAUGCAGGAGAAAGACUGGUUUGGCGACAGCCAGAGAGACAACGUGAACUUUUAAUUUUCUAAACAUUUCUUUUUUUUUUCUACGCGCAAAACUGCCUGAAAGCAACUGCAGAAUUUAAUUCAUCUGUGCUUUGCAUUAAACUGUGAAUGUUGAAACACCUGCCUCCACUUCUCCCCUUCCCUGCCCCCAAAUUAUUUUCAUCACUAGUUGCAUCCUGAGUGUGAAGAGAAAGAAUUGACUUCCUCACCUCCCAUCCUCCUCGUGGAAUAAGCAUGUUCACUUGCAAAAUUAUUGGAAGCGGUGGUGUGUCAUAAUGAUUUCAAGAUGUAGUGUGCUGAGCUCAUCAGAAUGCCUUAGAGAGUCAGCCUCUGACCUGAAUGAAGUCUUCGGUGGGCCAUGUGUAGAGCCAAGGUAUGAUGCACUGAGGAAGCUAUGGUUGCCAAAUUGUUGCAUGGUUUCUAACCUCCAUUAUCAAAACUGUACAGUUGCAGUUAUAUGGUGGGAUGAUGCCAAAGGACAUAUACUACUUCAGGGGUAUAGGUAUCAGAGUAGCAGUAAUUAAGUAAACACAUAGAGAGGUUAGGGAGAGGGCAGGUUGGUGACCUGCAACUUUUAUCUGGUUUUUCAGAGCUUUUCUAUACUGUAAAGUCAAUUAGAUUGAUCUUCUGUAAUUUUGGGAAAAGUGAUGUUUUCAGUCAUACGAAUUCAUGUGCAGAAAUUACCAAAUACCUUUGACCUAGCGAUCAACUCCAGUAGAGUAGGAACAGCAACUUUUAGAAAAAAUAACAUUGUUAUAAAGAAUUAGUCAUUAAAAGCCCUACCUUUUUGUUUCGCUCCAUCCAAGCCUAUCAUUACCAGAAGCAGAGCCUACACAUUGUACGUUGGGGGGG